UCGGCUCAAGGUGUGCGCCGGGCCGCCCGACUCGAAGAUCCAGCGUGAGGUCGCCAUGGCAACCACUCAUGGAAGCCAAGACAAGGGUCCCCAUUUGCCACCACCCAGCAAGCAGAGCCUGCUGUUCUGUCCAAAGUCAAAGCUACACAUCCACAGAGGAGAGAUUGCAAAGAUUAUGCGGGAAUGUCAAGAAGAAAGCUUCUGGAAGAGAGCUCUGCCUUUUUCCCUAGUAAGCAUGCUUGUCACCCAGGGGCUAGUCCACCAAGGUUACCUAGCAGCCAAUCCUAGAUUUGGAUCAUUGCCUAAAGUUGCACUUGCUGGGAUCCUGGGCUUUGGCCUUGGGAAGAUCUCCUACAUAGGAGUAUGCCAGAGUAAAUUCCAUUGUUUUGAAGAUCAACUCCGUGGGGCUGGAUUUGGUCCAGAACACAACAGGCACUGCCUGCUCACCUGUGAGGAAUGCAAAACCAAGCGUGGCCUUGGCGAGAAGGCAGGGCCGCAGCCUUCCACCUCCUGACUCCAUGUCCAGGCUUGCAAAGCUGUCUGAGCCUCUGAGUGUGCACACAUCCACACAUCCAAGUGUACAUUAAAUUAAAAUACUUCUGGUGGAACAAAA